AUGGGCGUCGACUAUCAAGAUGCCACAUCCUGGUAUCAGUCUCAUGAUCACAGCUAUGUGGACAGCUCGGCCAUUCUACCCGGCCCAGUUCCCACAUAUCAGGCAGAGUCAUUCUAUCAUAUUUCACGUCCAAGAGACACGUAUGAAAAUCACUACUCCAUCACAACCGAACCAAUCCAAAUCCAGACCCUGGCAGCCCCAGCAGUUAUCGAGACCGAGUAUCGGAAAAUAAUCAUUAGGGGACUAUCUAGGCGGACUCAAAGCGAUCAGAUCAAAUCCCUCCUCCGCUCAAGGUGUGGCUUUGGUGGUACCGAAAUCAACAGCAUCAAGAUUCCGAGAUCCAGAGAAGGUGGUAAUCGAGGACACGCGACCAUAACCUUUGUCAACAUGAAUUGCGCGGAAAAGGCAGUACAGAGGUUGCACCAUUUCAAUUUCGAUGGUCAUCAGCUCGUUGUGAGGCUGACAAACGAGGGCGUCUCUCCAAACGAAGAACGAAGAGCAAGAUCUCAGCGACAACAAGAAAUUUCGCCUCAGCAGCAAGAGGCAGGCCCACAGCCAAUCGCAACUAGCCAAGAGAACAGGGAAGAGAAUGAAUCCAUCAAUAGAGGCGUCAUUAUUGCGAAUGGCUCCUCAGGCCGGCCUACAAGCCAGUCAAGUGAACCUCGGUCUCGGGGGUGA